AUGUACCCCACCCCUCCCGCCUCCCUCCGCGCGUUGUACCGCACCCCUCCCUGCCUCCCUACACCCAUCCUACUCCACCCCUGCCCACUCCCUACCUCCGGUGUACCCGGGAACCCAGCCCCUCCCCCACCUCGGUAUCCUCCCACCUACUCUGCUCCUCCACCAAUGAUUGCUGCCUCACUAAUGGUCCCGUUCUCCAGAUCUUCUAUCCUGUGCCCUCCAGACCCUGCCCUGACCCUGCUCAGCCCACUCCUUGCCUGCAGAGCCCCUGGAGGGGAGAGGGGUAGUGUCCUAGGGUUCACCACCAGCCUUGGGGUGUGGUCCUGGCAGCGUCGAGGUGAGGUCACAGCAGGUGGGAGGAGGGUGGCAGGGAGAGCUGGGGGCCCUUCAUUCUGCGAUCCUUUCGGGCUUUCUCUAGGUCCUCAGCGGUUGGCUGGGGCACAUGACUGCCCCAGUCACCGCGCUAGAGCCAAGGGGCCCAGGGAGCCGUGGGGACCUUUCCCAGAGCCCGGGAGGUGCAGACAAGCAGGCUGAGGGGUGGACAUGGACAGCCUGAAGCAUUUGGCUGAUGCCUCACUGGAGAAGAAGCCGGGGCUGCCGCUGUCCCCGGAGAGCCCACCCACAGCUUGGGGCCAGCCCUGCGCCUGCAGCGGAGGGCCGCAGGUCCUGCAGACUCAGGACUGGCUUCUAGAAGGUGCCUGCAGCCCUUGGCCCAUGGCCCCUUCCUCUGCCUUCAAAGCCAGAAGCCUAGCGUCCCUCUGUCCCUGCCGCGCACCUUCUCUGGGCGUCUGCAGCUCCCGGCUUCAUGGGCUCCAGUCCUACGGCUGCUCGGAGGCCCUGGUGCGGCAGUCCCAGCUCUCCCCCACCCCGCGGAGCCUGGCACUCGCACAUUCCGGCCAGGAGCAAAGUGCACCCCCCAGGACUCACGGGGAACCCCCAGGUGGUGGGCCAUCUGGGGACACUUUGAGAAGACCUUUGGAGACACCCCUGGGGGGGCAUCGGGGUGCUCUGGUGACACGGGGACAGUGUCCCACACGCAGGCUUGCCCGCGUUGGCCGCAUGGUGUCCUAGCACCUGUCUGUGCUCACGGGGCAGGCCAGCCUGGGACAGGGAGCAGAUGCUGCCGCGGACACCCCAGGUGGAAAGUGGGGACCUUGCAGCGCCCCAGGGCAGCCGUGUGCCUGGGACAUGUCAUCUGUGUCCUCCCGAGGGCCGGUGGGUAGCUGCUGCCCAGCACUGCCCCUGCGGAAGAAAAGGACGUUGUUGGCUCUGCAAGAGUCCAGUGACCCACGUCUUGCCCACGAUUCCAUCAAGAUGAGGCCACGGCUGUUAGGUGAAGGUCAUCCGGGUGUUCCUAGAGGCCACGCACGGAGGAGGGGGCACAUGGAAAUAAAGUACAGAGCUCCUCCUCCAAAUUAAAAUUUUUUUAUUUCAAG